CUGAACACACUUGAGCGUGUAAAGACGUUUACUGAGAGCUCACCGGCCGGGAAAUCAGCCCUAAGUAGUGAUCAGAAGUGUUGAUAUUCACCGACAUUUGAUUUCAAGCGGAUUCCUGCAUUCUAUUGCGAACAUUGUGGAAUGGGAAACGGAAUAAAUAAGGUUCUGCCAGACCUGUACUUGGGUAAUUUCAAAGAUGCCAGAGACAGGGAGCAACUGGCAAGAAACAACAUCACACACAUCCUCUCCAUCCAUGACACUGCUGCCCCUAUUCUACAGGAGAUGACUUAUCUUUGUAUUGCUGCAGCAGAUGCACCCUCGCAAAACCUGAUACAGCAUUUUAAAGAAAGUAUUAGAUUCAUGCAUGAAUCACGGCUGAAAGGAGAAGGCUGUCUAGUUCACUGUCUUGCUGGCGUGUCACGUAGCGUGACGCUGGUGGUGGCAUACAUCAUGACUGUGACUGGUCUGGGGUGGCAGGAGGCUUUGGCAGCAGUGAAGAUGGCCAGACCCUGUGCUUCACCCAAUGAGGGUUUCCAGACCCAGCUGCAGGAGUUUGAGACCACCCAACUACAGCAGUUCCCUCCUCUUUCUGCUCUCAAGGAAUCCUGGGAGAGGGAGCUAGGACUGGAACAUGAUGAAGAGCUGUGGAAUAAUGCUCUGGCUAAAAUUAACUCUAUCUGUAUUUGUGCUCGUUUGAAUCUUGUUCAGUUCAAAGUUGUUCACAGAAUUCAUUACACCAAAGCAAAAUUGAAGAAACUUUCUUUAACAGAAGAUGACAGUUGCAAUAGAUGCUCGUUAUCCCCAGCAGAUCAUACUCAUACAUUUUACACCUGUCCUAAAUUGCAUUCAUUCUGGUCUUCUUUUUUUCACUACAUUGUCAAAAGAUCUUAGUAUCUCUGUGAAACCCUGCCCAAUAAUUGCAAUCUUCGGAGUACCCCCUGUUGAUGACUUGUAUAAUAUGUUGAUAUUAUUGCUUUUGCUUCAUUGGUAGCCAGAAGACGAAUUCUGCUACACUGGAAAUCCGCAUGCCCCCUUCUAAUUUUUCCUGGUUUAAGGACUUAAUGUCCUUUCUACACCUGGAAAAAAUUAAACACUCUGUUAGAGACUCUACUAACUCGUUUUAUAAAAUGUGGAACCCUAUUCUUUCCUUU